UACAGGAUAAGAUGAAAAGAGGAAGACAAACAGUAAAGGAGAGAAAAGGGGGAGUGUUUGAGACACUAAAAAGGCCAGUGAGAGAGAGAAAAAGAGGAGGCCACUUCACAUUUGUAUUUGUUUAGACUCGUCACAGCGUAUCAGAAGUUUGCUUUACUUUGAGAACACCUUCCACUCAGGCCUUUCAUGUGCCACUGGCAAGGGGAGACACACUACACUGUGAGUGAGAGAGUCAAUGUGUGUGUUUUUGUGAGUGAGCGAACAAGAUGCCCAGAAGGACUGUGUCAGUUCCACAUCCCAAAGGGGAUCCGACUCCAAGUAAUUUUGGAGAGAAAGAUCCCCUAAAAUCAAAUGGAGACCACCACGCCGGAGACCCCGAGGAGAAGGUGGAACUGCGAAAGAAGGUGACCUUGCUCCGAGGAAUCUCUAUCAUCAUUGGGACGAUCAUCGGAGCGGGAAUAUUCAUCUCUCCAAAGGGAAUUCUGAAGAACUCGGGCAGUGUGGGAAUGUCACUGGUGGUGUGGAUUGCCUGUGGGAUUCUCUCUCUUUUUGGUGCUCUAUCAUAUGCUGAGCUGGGUACCUCUAUUAAAAAGUCUGGCGGCCAUUACACGUACAUUCUGGAGGCGUUUGGUCCGCAAGUGGCUUUUGUGCGAUUGUGGGCUGACAUGAUUGCCAUAAGACCUGCAGGUUUGGCUGUGAUCGCUCUGGCAUUUGGCCGCUAUAUUUUAGAGCCCAUCUUCAUGCCAUGUGGAGUUCCUGAGAUUGCCGUUAAAUUGGCCACAGCAAUCGGAAUCACCAUGGUAAUGUAUCUAAACAGCAUGAGUGUAAGCUGGACUGCCAGACUCCAGAUCUUCCUCACCUUCAGCAAGCUGCUCGCCAUAGCCAUUAUCAUUGUUCCAGGAUUAUAUCUACUCUUCAAAGGGGAGACCAAAAACUUUGAGAAUGCAUUUGAGGUCAACACAGCAGACCUGACAGGACUUCCUCUUGCCUUCUACUCAGGAAUGUAUGCUUAUGCUGGAUGGUUUUACUUGAAUUUUGUGACUGAGGAGGUGGAGAAUCCUGAGAGGACGGUGCCUCUUGCCAUCUGCAUCUCCAUGGUGAUAGUAAUGAUCUGUUACACACUGACAAACGUGGCGUAUUACACCGUGAUGUCAGCAGAAGAGCUAUUAGCCUCCAAUGCCGUGGCUGUGACUUUUGCAGAGAAGCUGAUGGGAAACUUCUCAUUUGCAGUUCCCAUUUUUGUAGCCCUGUCUUGCUUUGGGUCCAUGAACGGAUGCCUAUUUGCCAUCUCAAGAAUGUUCUAUGUGGCCUCUCGAGAAGGUCAGCUUCCUGAAGUUCUCUCUAUGAUUCACAUACGCCGACACACGCCAUUACCUGCUGUGAUUGUCCUGUAUCCGAUCACACUACUGAUCCUCUUCUUAGGGGACAUCUACAGCCUGCUGAACUUUAUGAGCUUCCUACGCUGGUUUUUCAUCGGGGUAGCCGUAGUCGGCCUCAUCUACAUGCGAUACACACGCCCUGAUAUGCCACGGCCUUUUAAGGUCCCCAUUAUAAUCCCUGCUGUUUUCUCCUUCACCUGUUUCUUCAUGGUCUUCCUUUCUCUAUAUUCGGAUCCAGUUAAUACUGGGAUUGGCUUUGCCAUCUCUCUCACAGGCAUCCCUGCAUACUACAUAUUCAUUUACAUCGAAAGAAAACCCAAAUGGUUCCAGAAAUUCUCAGACUCUGUGAACAGAUCGCUACAGAUCAUCCUAGAGGUGGUUCCUGCAGAGCAUUGACCUUUAUCCUUUUUUCUCUGUGCAUGCAUGUGUGGCUGUGUCUCUAUAGUAUCUGCAGUACCUAGUUCUCAACUGGGAGGUCAUGAACAAAGUCUGUUCUGAUUGACAGCAGGGAGAAAACAAUAGUAAAUCCAAAUAAUAAAACCAACUGUAGAAAAGCCAGUUGAGACACUAUUGCUGUUGUACAUCCAAAAAUGAGCAAAAACAAUCUCUAAAAAUGUCUCUGCCUCAGUCCACCUGAGAAAGAGACACAACACUGUCAUUUCAACAUAUUAUUCAUCUUCCAGUGCAGUGAAUCCCCUAACGUGACUGACAUAAAGUCCAUGCAUAUCACCUGUUGUGUUUUAGAACCUUGGCCACUUAUUCAUUUUGCACUGCUAUAUCUUUAUACACGUCAAUGCCACAUGCAUUAUAACAAGUGAUUCCACUGAGGGAUGACUCAAGAACGGGCUCAGACAGGGAUUAGGACAUAAUGUUUUACUCUCCUUAAUGGCUGAGAUAUUUGAAAUUGUGUUAUACUGACAUGACUGUAUAUGUAAACACUGAAAAAUGGCUUGUACGGUCUUGUAUAGGACAUCACAUACACUACAGUGAUAUUUCUGUUUUAUGAUACACUGGAUAAUCUGGUUUUUUUAUUGCCUAUAAUGCUGUUUUAUUGUACCAUGCAGGAGAACCCCACAGUGCACUAAUUUAUGUUGAUUAUCGCUCCGGAAUUGCCUUUUAAGCAAUUGACAACUUACUGUAAAUACCCAUUCAGCUUGAAAAUUAAUCUUAUUUGUAAUCAGUUUACUCCCAAAUGAAUUGCCAGCAAUGAUUUUGCACAUUAACAAUGUGCGUGUUUGAAUACUAAAUCACCCACAUAUAUCCUGUCGGACACCUGCCUACUUGAUUAUGUCUGUGUUUUAAUUAAAUCAGUAUUAUGUUAUUCUAUUAUUAUGACUGUUUUAGACAAAGUGUUUGCGAUAAUUUUACAUUCACUGGUAUAUUUUUGUACAGCAUAUUUUGUAAAACUAUACUGACUACUACAGUAGAAACAACUUUUGUAAAGCAGCGAACAAACUUUGUAUGACCAAUUCUACCAAAUUAAAUAAAUAUUUCCCUUUAUCUCA